AUGUGUCAGGUGAUCCCGCAGCUGCAUCAGGAAGUCAGAACUUGGAGGCAGCAUGCAGCUCAAGUUCAGGGACACAGCAGUCAGUCCCCGCCACACAGAGCAGCUCAGGUGCAGAAGCUGAGAGUUCAGGAAGCGGUCCCAUCAGGAGAGGGGAGGGNGGGGGCUGGAGUGUCCCAGCCCUCUGCAUCCAGCUGCUGCGCCGCUCCGCAGCUCAGCGCCACACUCACUAUGGCUUUAGCCGCAAGCAGGACCCUCUUGGCGCUAUUCCUUACGUUUUGCGCACCUGGAUGCGGAUGGUCAGCAGAGAAGCCCCUGCGGUCACAGAAUGGGAAACAGACAUCUGUGGAUAAGAGCCUGAGGGAGCGCUGGGAGCCGUCCAUUCAUCUCGAUGGAAGACCUGUGGACCGCUUUGUCAUCAGCUCCAACAAACCCACGAGGUCUCAUCGCUUCGCUAAAAUCGGAAAAGACAGUAGCCCUCAUCUAAUGGAGGAUGUAGAUCCCGAAUGGGUUAACCUGGAUGGCUUUGCUGUGUUGGGCGUUGCACCUGUCAGAAACUCAUCAGCAGGUCCGGUCAGGUCUCGGCAAACUGCUGCCAGAAAAACAUCCUUGGUACAGCAGCCCACCAGGGUGAACAGAACAGCCCACCCAUCAGGCGUUUCCAAUGCCAGGACACACAGGAGGGCCCCUCAGUCCUCCUCAGGGUCCAGGCAGCCUGAGAGGGCUUUGGCAAGAGCCCCCCCGCUAGAAAGGAGACGCCAACACUACACCAAGCCUCAAUCUGACCAGAGAAAUCGAAACAAAGCCAAACUAACCUCUGAGUCCGUUCAUGUGGUGUCACUGCAGGCACAGAAACCCAUGGGACGGAGCGCACCUGCCAACAGAGCAAUCGCAACCAAAACAACCACACCAGAGCCGCCAGAGUAUGAGGCCCGGGACAUCGGUGUCAGGGUAAUGUCCCCUCAGUCGGUCCUCAUCUCAUGGGUGGAUCCUGCUGUUGAGAUGGGGAAGGUCGACCCAGAGGAUAUCAGGCGCAACAUCCACUGGCUGAUGUUUGUUUAUAAAACACUCCUAGGCCUCACCCCCUUCUACCUCACACAAUUACUGCAACUCCGCCCACCCCCGACGCACAACACCCGGUCAGCUACAAACAUCGUGCUAAAGAUCCCCAAAGCCCACACAUCCUUUGGCCGCUCCGCCUUUCAGUUUGCAGGAGCAGAUAGCUGGGAUAUCAUACAAAAAACCUUGAAGAUGGAGACCUUUAUCUCCCCCCGCACCUUCAGGGACACUAUUACAAACACCCUGUGCCCGGAGUCUGUCUUUUUAUUUUCUUCCUCCCAACACCCAUCCCCUCAGGAAGCCUUUUGCCUCCUGCCAGCUCCAUCUGGGCCACCGGAGAACUUCGAGGUCAAGCCACUUAGAGGGAAAGGAACUGCUGUCAUAGCAACAUGGGAUCCACCUGAAGAACCCAAUGGGAGGAUAAGAGAGUACAUCAUGUCUUAUGCUCCUGCUAUGAAGCCAUUUGGAAUGAAAAGUGUGACGUAUGGUAGCAGCGCCUCCACAGCCACUGUAGAUGGCCUCACACCGGGAGAACGGUACAUCUUCAAGAUCAGAGCCACCAACAGGAGGGGCCAGGGCCCCCAGAGCAAAAUGCUCAGUGUUGUCAUGCCAGGAUCCAGCAGCGGGGCCUCAUCAUCGUCAAAAACCAAAGACAGCCGCAGGACUAGCCACACUCCUUCCAAACAGGAUACAGAUCAUGAGGAAUCGGAUCUCCAAACAACAGAGGCGCCAGAAGAACCAACAACAACAACUCCUCGACCACGGCAUGUUGCACCUGUCAGGCGUGGACGUCCCCUCUCCCAGUCACGCUCCUAUCACAGCAUCUUGUCCUCUGUAAGGGGGUCUGGCAGGAACAGAGGGUCAUCCAGAGGAAGAGUUCAAGAUAAAGAAGAGAAAGAAGAGGAGAAAGUACCCACAACGCCUACUCCAGUAAAAGAGACGACAACCAUAGAGGUUGUACCAGAGCCCAACGUCCCAGACAAUGAUGCUUCCCCUGAAUUUGAAGAAGAAUUAGUAUAUGAUGAAGAGGUUCUAACUACAGAGACCCCCAGCCUCAAAGUUUCAACGCCCUCUCCAACUAAACCUCGUCCACGUCCACAGCCCAGAAGGCCCAUCAAGAUCCGGGUCCAUCAGAAACCAGGAUCCAAGGCUGAUUCAUCCUCUUCUUCAUCUUCAUCUCCCUCAUCUUCUGGUACUUCUUCCUCUUCUUCUGAUUCAUCCUCAUCUUCUGCUUCCUCCUCUUCAGCAUCAUCCUCACCUUCUUCAACCUCAUUGUCCUCAUCUUCACGUAUUCAAGAGUCAGCUGCCAGUAGAAAGGACUACGUGGCUUCAGCAUACCCAGAGAGCAAAGACACCUUUGAUAAACCGAUCCCAACACGUACAAAACCAUCAUCUACGCUUUUAAAAGAGACAAAUCCACAGCAGACAGGGGCCACAUCUGUCGGUAGAGGUUCAGCUUCAGCGGGGCGCCCCAAUGGGUCUGGUUUUGGCUCUAGAUAUGGUUUCGGUCGGAGAAAUCCUGGGAUUUCUUCCAGAGGAAAUUCCUCUCGAAUGCUGAAUGGUAACAAACCUGCCAUCACCUCACAGAUGAAUUUACCAAGCAGGACUUCAAACACACACAGUUCAGCAUCACAGUCGACUUUAACAGACAGGACUCAAAACCACGGAACAACACAUACUUUAAAUUCAGCCACAUCCAGGUCCCCUUCAGGAAGUGGAACCCACAGCCAGGCUACAUCAGACACAUAUAAUGUUGACAAAUCACAGUCGUCAUCAGGGUCCAAGCCUGAAGGCUCUACAACUUCCCAGAGCUCAGGCAGCAAUCCAUCCACUUCACAUAGCAGUCCAGACAUCCCAUCCAACACAGACAGCGCCGGCUCAUCUCAGUCAACUUCACACAGAGGAUCUCACAGCCCUGCAACUCUACCAAAAACACCUGAGCGAGAUGCAACAUACAACAAUGGAAAUGAUGACGGUGAUUACAAAAACACAGACGCGGAAUCAACCAAAGUUGAAGAACCGACUUCAAGCUCUAAACCACAACCCACAGUGGAGGUGAGACGGGAGGAGGAAAGAAAGGAGGAUAGCAGUAAUGGGAAACCUGUGGUUCCUCAUACCAGAAUGAACCUCUCAUUCGCUGAAAGGUUUCCCUGGAUAAAGAGCCGUUACCCAGGCAGGUUUGGUCAAGGGACGAGAGCUUCAUCUUCCAGGCAGGAGGGUAGACCCCCCUCCACCAGGACGUCAUCUUCAGUCGGGGCCGGCAGACCCCUCUUGAGGGGGGUACCCACUAGGGUUUCAGGGGCUACAGGUGCUGCCGGUGUAUCAACAAUACAGGAGACAAGUGCAGAUCUAGGGAAGCAGGACUCCCUAAAGAACGGAGUAGGGGAAGGUUCUGUAAAGCCUCCUCUGACCAAUCAAAAUACAGUAUCUAGUGAUUCUAGAAACCCAACUACCUCAUCCUCUUCAUCAUCUUCCUCUGGGGCAGCCACUUCUUCUAACUCUGAAUCCCGUCAUUCCUCAGGUGGACAUAGAGACUCAAGUGUGCCAGUCCAUAGGGAAACUUCAAAUAGUAAUGAUCAGAAUGAGGAUUAUCUUGAUGAAAGGAGUAGAGAAUUAAGUAGAAACAAUGAUAAAGUUGCAGAUCCUACAGCGGCCCAAAGGAAUCCUGCUUUAACUUCAGCAAACAGAAACUUGGAGGACAAUGAGAGUUUGGAUACAAGGGAAACUUCUUCCAGGACAAGACCUGGUUUACCAUCGGGAGGUGCUUCACCUUAUCGCCGUCCUGGGAUGGGGGGCAACGGGAGGGUCCGCUCUCCUCCGCUUGGUAACAGGCCGUUUGGUGGAUCUAGGCUUCCUUUGGGAGCACAGCCAGCACAGAACUCAAGGCUCGGUUCUUCAACAUCCGAUGGCUCCUCAACAUCAUCUGAUGCCGCUUCUUCCUCAAAUAUGCCCCAGCCAGUUUUGACCUCGGAUCGUGAAGUUGCCAGUGGCAAUACUGUGACAAAGACAGGGGGAUUAAUUGGAGGCAACUCCCAGUCUACAUCGUCGUCCUCAGCAUCUUCAUCAUCAUCUAGAGACAGCUCUAGGGGCCAGGGGGGUCGGUCUCGCCAUUCCAUCGUUAGAGGGAAACUACCCAAUGGAGGACAAGUCAAUGGGAACGGUAAAAAUGGACGACCCAAUCUGACAGCUACAAGUGAUAAAGAGACCCCCACUUCUCAUGGAACCAACAAGGCUGUUGGUCAAAGGUUUAUCACUGGACCUGAUGGAUCCAAAUGGGUGGUGGACUUGGAGCGAGGAGUUCUUAUGAACCAGGAGGGACAAGUCCUCCAGGACUCACAGGGUAAACCUAAGAGAGUGGUGCUUGGAGAGGACGGACAAACAAUCUUUGACCACCUGGGCAGCCCCCUGGUAAACCAGGAAGGCAUGGCUCUGUUUGGCCACGGCCGGGACAGUCAACCUGUGAUCAACCCAAAAGACAAGAUCCUCAUGGUUGGAGGGAAACCUUUACUUGGCUUGGACCGUCACCACCACAGACCAACCACCACCACCAAAGCCACCACAACCAGGGCAACUACCACCACCACCACACCUGAACCCACCACCACUGAAUGGAUCAUAGAGUCUACCACGGCACCACUUUACCCAACCUGUCCACCUGGUACCUUCUCCAAAACAGAUGAGUACGGUUACCCACUGCUGGAUCCAGAAGGAAUAUUGGACUGUUAUCCAGAAGAGGAAUCCUCAGGAAUGGAAAUGGACCACAUGGUUACAUUAACCAUGGUGCCUGAUGCUUUAGCUCUUGAGAAAGAUGAGUUUCUUGUCCAGACCACCCUGCCGUCCACAACAACAACCACCACAGAGAUCCCCACUCCAGAGCCAGACACCAGACCAUCGAACCACGGCCCGUCGUCAGAGCUUGACCUCAGCGGGAAGAAGAGAUUCACAGCUCCUUAUGUGAACUACAUCCGGAAGGACCCUUCUUCUCCUUGCUCCUUGACUGAGGCUCUGGAGUUUCUUCAGGUUGACGUCCUAGAAGACCUGAUACGAAAGGACAGCCUGGCAGCCAAUCAGAAGCAGCCUCCCAAAGACAAGCCUCGCAACUUCACCGUGGUCGCCAUGGAGGGCUGUCACUCAUUCAUCAUCCUGGACUGGGGCCGCCCACUGAAGGACGAUAUGGUGUCAGGCUACAUGGUGCACAGUGCUUCAUAUGACGACGUCCUCAACAAUAGAUGGUCCUCUAGCCCCUCCAGUGGGACACACCUGGCUGUGGAGAACCUCAAACCUAACUCCAGGUACUACUUCAAAGUGCAGGCCAAGAACGUGUUUGGUUUGGGACCUGUGAGCAAUACACUCACCUAUGUCACAGAAUCAGACGAUCCUCUUCUCAUCGAAAGACCACCUGGCGGAGAACCAAUCUGGAUCCCUUUCAGCUUCAAGUUUAACUCCGCCCACAGCAGCUGUAAGGGCAGCCAGUAUGUAAAGCGGACAUGGUACAAGAAGUUUGUGGGCGUGGUCUUGUGUAAUUCUCUCCGAUAUAAGAUCUUCAUGGGGGAUGGUCUAAGAGAACCAUUUUACAGUAUAGGAGACACUUUUGGCCAGGGGGAGGACCAUUGCCAGUUUGUGGACUCCUACAGGGACGGGAGGACGGGUCCAGCUUACCUCUCAAAUAAUCUGCCCUCAGCACAAGGAUAUUAUCGCGCCUACAGACAGCAGCCAGUUUCAUUUGGAGUCGUUGGCCGACGCACAGCCCAUCCAUUUGUUGGCUGGUAUGAAUGCGGGGUGCCCAUCCCCGGGAAGUGGUAACACAGGGGGAGACGUUGUUACCGAGGGCAACCCUUCCGCAUCCUGCUGCAGGCUCUUACCUUCACUGGUCUUGCCUUUAAAAACAGACUUUUGCCUGCCACAAUGAAAUUACACCACUAUGAAUUUAUCCCAGCUUCACAGAAAGAGAAUAUAGUAAACGACCCAAUGUAUAUCAUUACAAUGCACUUUUUAUAUAAAGCAGUUUGUAUAUGAGGGAAAAAAUAAGCAUGUGUGCUAUUGCUACGUAUAACUCUUCUUAAAGUGUCAUUGUAUUAUUCCCAACCAUCCCCAAAGACAUGUCCUCACCCAGUGUUAUUUAUCUCAUCAAUAAUGCACACGCACCGUCAAACCAGUGACAUCGGACUAAAGCACAAGCUGCAAAGUAAACUGUAAGAACGGGCACUUAAAGGUGUGUAUAGGUCUGUUCAUUUUCUAUUGUGAGAUUUGUAUUUCAUAACGUAACAGCUUCUGACAGCUACUUUUUGUUUGUUUGUUUGUGUUCUUAAUCCAUCAUACUGUGUUUUUGCCCUGUUACACAUUUUUGGUAUUCACCAGAAUUCAUUAAAAGUUACUGUGUAAGUUUUGUAUGUAUACGGACCGUGAAUAAAAGACCAAAUAUUUGCUCAGGAA